GACGAGUCGCUGCUUUCUCUUCAAGGAGACGUCACGUCACCACCACAAGUCCACACACCUCUUCGGCUCUUCCUCUUCUCCUCCAUAUAGCGGCGGGCCUCCGUCGGCCCCCUUCCACCCCGUUUUGCCGCCCCACAGGCCACAGCCCAAAAUCCUCCUCGUCGCUGGUGCCCUCUCCGCGGCCUCCUCCGCCAGCCAUGGCCGCCGCUGGGCCCGGGCUCUACUCCGACAUCGGGAAGAAGGCAAGAGGUCUCCUGUACAAGGACUACCACACUGACCGGAAGUUCACGCUCACCACUUACGCCGCCAACGGAGCUUUCAAGGCGCGUGUCACCAUGGACAUGAAGCACCGCGUCGUCCGCGCCAUGAUCGCGGGUAGCAUGGGAGACGGUGAUGGCGCACCCGUGCAUGUCCAGGAUAAGACCGAGUCGGCCAUUACUGCUGCAAGCACAAGGAAAGAUGAAGCUAUCUUUAAUAAAAUCCAGGGCCAGCUGAAGCACAACAAUGUGACUGUGGAUGUGAAAGCUGUAGAAAUUGAUGAAGUGACAACUACAAUCACAGUUCACGAGCUAGCCACACCAGGCCUGAAGGCAUUUUUAUGCAUUCCUUUCCCGUACAAGAAAUCUGCAAAGGCUGAACUCCAGUACUUGCACCACCAUGCUGGUGUUGCUGCAAGUGUUGGCCUAAAUGCAAACCCUGUCGUUAAGCUUUCUGGUGUAUUCGGAACUAAAACUGUUGCUGUUGGUGCUGAUGUUGCAUUUGAUACUUCAUCCGGGAACUUAACCAAAUACAAUGCUGGACUGAGCUACUCCACGUCUGACUUCGUUGCUGCAGCUACUUUGAACAACAAAGGAGACAAGAUCGCCGCUUCCUACUACCACUCGGUAAGUCCAACCACAGCUGUUGGAGGAGAGCUGAGCCACAGCUUCUCGACCAACGGGAACACCAUCACCUUCGGGACGCAGCAUGCCCUGGACCGUCUGACCACUGUGAAGGCACGAUUCAACAACUGCGGCAUGGCAAGCGCACUGAUCCAACACAAGUGGAGGCCCAAGUCUUUGGUCACCAUCUCCAUGGAGGUGGACACCAAGGCCAUCGAGAAGAGCUCCAAGAUUGGGCUCUCCCUCGUCCUGAAGCCCUGAGGUCACCGCCAGCUUCUUGUUUUGGGAUAUACUAGGUCUAUUUUUUUUAAUCUGCAGCUGAAGUCUCCAGCAAACAAGAUUGGACUAAACCUGUCAACUUUGGUGCCGAUCCCACAAACUCAAGUUCACGGUCUCUUUGGUGGAAAACUAUGCGGUUUUGUAUACCACUGGGUGAUGAUGUUUGGAGAAAGUUCAGUAUGGCUCACCAGUCACCACUGUCUCUCAGAUUUUAACUGUUUGAUUUGUCGAUUCUUUAUUCAUACAGAUCGCAAUUUUUCUCA